UUUGUUUCUCUGUGUUUUCCUUAGUCUAAAAGAUCGGUUUCAUUUUCAGUUCAUUAACCAUGAAGAACUCUGAGUCAGUGAAGAUGGACGCCGCCGCCACCACCAUGACCACUGCUUCUUCUCCCAUUCAAGGGGGUGAAGGGUCCCAUGGAGAUGGAGAGAAGGCACUUAGCCUCUCACCACAGUUGGAAAUUAAGAGUGGUGGUGAUGAUGCAGUGGCUCCUAAAGGGAAUGACGAAGUGGGUCAGAAACCCACCUUGGUUGGGGUUAGUCACAAGAGAAAGGCUUCAACGGAAACCAAUCCGUUUUGCGAAUCCGAUCCAAAUAGCAGCAACGAUUCUAAGCGUUUCAAAUCGUCUUCCGUUUCAACCCCAAAUGUUGAACAACAAAAAGUUGAUGAGGAAAUGCGGCCUCAAGAAGGUGGAGAUGUUGAGAGUGAGAAAGUGGAAGGAGACAAGGGCGUGCCUGAUGGAGGACUUGUGGAGAUGGACUCGGACCAAAACAAAGGAGAAGGGUUAACAGUGAAAUCACCCAACGACAAUGUGGAGACUGAAGCAACUGAGAGCAUGAAUAUGGAGCCUGAAGGUGACAAUAAGGGCAUAAACAAAGAAGGAACAGUGAACUCGCCCAGUAACGUCGAAGAAGAAAAAGUGGAGACUGAAGCCAUUGAGAGCAUGAAUGUGGAGCCUGAAGGUGAUGACAAGGGCAUGCCUCAUGGAGGAGUUUCGGAGUUGGACUCAAACCUCAUCAAAGGAGAAGGAAUAGUGAUCUUGGACAACAAUGUUGAAGAAGAAAAAGUGGAGAUUGAUGGUGCGGUAGAGAGCAUGAAUGUGGAGCCUGAAGGUGACAAGGGCACUUCUCAUGGAGGACGUUUUGAAUUGGACCUAAAUCGAAGAGUUGACGAAAUAGUGGACUCUCCCAGCAAUGUUGAAACAGAAAUGAAAGUGGAGAGUGACACUAUAAAGAACAUGGGUGUGGAAUCUCAAGGAAACAAUGACAUGCCUCGUGCGGUGAGACUUUUGGGGAUUGACCUAAAUCUAGAAGCUGAUCAAGAAAUGGUGCUGCACUCCCCCAGUGAUGCUGAAAGAGAAACUACAAGAGUGAAGCCUGUCGUUGGAGACAAGGGCAUGCCUCAUGAAGGAUUUUCUUUGUUCGACCUUAACAAAGAAGUAGAAGAGAUGGUGGAGCAUGAUGAUUCUGUCGAUCAGAACAUUAAAGUUGUGCCUUAUAUUGCAGAAGAAAACACUGAAAUGAAUUGUGCAAUAGACAAAAUGGUCCAAAUUGGAGGGGAGCUUCUUUGCGAGUUGAACAAAGAAGCAGAGCUUUCUUCUGAUGAAAAGGAAGUUGAAGCCGAGCCUGCAGCAGCUAAUGCGGAAGAGAAGAAGAAGAAGACUGAAGUGGAGUCUUCUGCUGCUGAUAAAAAAGUUGAAGUUGAGCAAUGUGCUGAAGAGAACAAUGAAGAGGACGAUGAUGAUGAUGUUGUAGAGGUGGAGAAGAGAGAAGUGGUGCUUGCACUUCCUGCAAUUGCUGAAAAUUUAGAGGAGGAUGAUGAUGUUGUAGAGGUGGAGAGCAGCCAAGUGGUGCUUGCACUUCCUGCUGUUGUUGAAAUUGAAGAGGAUGAUGAUGAUGAUGUUGUUGAGGUGGAGAAGAGAGAAGUGAUGCUUGCACUUCCUGCUAUUGUUGAGAAUGAUGAAGUGGAGACAUCUCCUCCUCCAGGGAACUUUGUUAUUGACCUCAACAAACCUCCUCCUGGAUACAAUAAUGAUGGAAACUAGUCCUGAGAAGCUAUUAGCUAUUAUAUUGCUGCUGGUGUACGUGAUGAUCGAUCGGUUUUUGUAUUUUAGUUCUUAAAAAUUAUUUUAUAGAAUAAUUUUUAAAAACUAGUUCCUAGAGAGUGUGGGAGUGGGAGAAGAAUAUGAGACUUUAAUUAUAUAUAAGGAACAAUAACUUAGAGAUGCUUUUGUAUUUUCAUCAAUUUUAAGAA